AUGGAAGACGCGAAACCCAAAGCCACUACAUCACAGGCCGAGGCUUGCGCCAGUGCCGAUGAUGUUCCACAAGAUGUCCGACCAUACGACAUCCUCUGUGGUCGAAGCAAAACGUGUUUCAACAACAUUGGAAACCGUCGCUUUCGAAUCACAAUCAGUAUGAAUGUGGAGAAGUAUGAUACAAUUACUAAUCGAACCGAACGAGGAAAGUUCAUUGCUUCCUUGGCUCGCACAUUCAAGGAAGAUGUAGGCUUUCGUUUUGUCCGCAUCUCCAAGAAGAACGGCCGUGUGGAACUAUCCGAUGAAGAGAUCCGAGCCAAGAUCGGACAUGCUCUUCGUGACUUGUCCAAGGCAAAAGCUGAAGCAGCUGCGGCUGCUGCCAUGCCUGUGGGCAUGGAAACCAAGAAGAUCAUGGAAUUGUCUUCCAAACCUCCUCUUCCUAGUACAGCUAUGGUGGUUACUCCUGAACCACAAACUCGCCGGGUCACAAAUGAUUUUGAGACCGACAGCAACGGUAAGCUAAUGGCCUUUCCACAAAUACCCAACAUUCGCAAGAAGAAUAGCAUCAUGGAUGCCGCUGGCUUCCCUAAGAAUACUACCUCACAACAACAACAACAACAACAAGAUGUUCCCAAGGCGAUUUUCUUUUCGCCUCAACAACAACAAGAACAAGUUCUGCAUCCUGUUCUUGAGGACUCGCCUCUACUAAAGUCCUCCAGGAUCCAAUCGAGGCAAUCAACUAUAUCGCUUGAUCAUCAAGACAACAGGCCAGCUACUCUCAAGCAGGCCCCAGUCAGAGAGGAGAUUGGAGAUGAUGACUAUUGUCUCAUGCCUCUAACCUUCGAUGAUGAACCCAACGCUCCUGGUUUGUUGGAUGCCAUCCAAUUGGAUGUGCUUUCCGGCUUUGCCAGCGAGCAAAUGAUGCCCAAGGCAAGAACCGUCUCCAUGCCCAACAUGAUCUCCCAAUUGACAUUUGAGAUGUACCAUCAUGAUCAUCAUCAUCAUCAUAAUGAGGAUGCGAGUAUUGCUAGUGUUCGUUACAACGACGAUGAGGCUAUUGUCGAGGCCAAACACGGCAAUGGAGGAUUUAUUCGCAAGAUGCACCAACAAUCCAAUCAUUCUGCCGAUCUCAUGUCAUUGGGAUCAAAUGAUGACCACAUGAUCAGUUUGUGCGAAUCUGUCGAUUGCUUGUCGUUAGAUUUGGACAUUCAUCCUUGA